UGCUAAUUCAGAGGAAAACAGCACUCCAGGGGAUGGUAGAUACAGGAAGUGUCUCCGUAGGUUCACAGCAACUUGUCAACCUUACAAUUCUGAGUACUUGACUCUUAAUUGUCUGGCAUGCAUGAUUGCAAAAUAACCCAGAUUGGAUCAUGCAUUUGCACGGGUGAGCCUUUGACUGCAGGUGGGCCUGAUGUUCUGCGAAAUCCCAGCUUCCCGUUUGGCUCCUGGAUCCACCCAGGCCUGAGGAUGGCCCGUACUAUGGAUCCACUGGCAAAGAAGAUCUUUAAAGGAGUUUUAGUAGCUGAACUUGUGGGCAUUUUUGGAGCAUAUUUUUUGUUUAAAAAGAUGAACACAAGCCAAGAUUUCAGGCAAACAAUGAGCAAGAAAUUCCCUUUCAUCUUGGAAGUUUAUUACAAAUCCAUUGAACACUCUGGAAUGUAUGGAAUCAGAGAGCAAGAUCAAGAAAAAUGGCUGAACAGCAAAAAUUAGGAAUUUGACCAUCGAUCAAAGUUUGCCCUAUUUUGUAGUAUCAGGCAAGAUUAAAAUUCCAAAGUUGACAUGGAUGGAUUUUAGACUAAGUGUAAACUCUAAUUAAGUCAGAGGUUUUGUUCUUUGGACUGUGAAGAAAUUGAUGGAAGGUUUGUUUAUUAUGUGAUAAAUGGAGUUUUGUUUACUACUCAAAAUAAACCUGUUCUUUAAAAUCCCCCUCUCCUUUGCCCUUUGGUACCACAAGUUUUUCUUCUAUGCCUGUGAGUCUGUUUCUGUUCUGUAAAUAAGUUCAUUAAUGUUUAUUACAUUUUAACUCACACUAUCUAAAACUAUAUUAACUAAAAAUAUUGCUUUUAUCCAUUUUCACUUUACCUGAAACAAUACUUAAAACUCUACAUCAAUGUCUCUACUAGAGCCACUU